GAGCCGAUCUAUUUCGGAAUGCUAACAGCUCUGCACUCAAUGACAAACACGUUCAAUUCGAGGCCUACCGCUAGAGUCGGUGGCAAAACACCUCUUUAGUUGAUCCCAACAUAACAAUUGGCAGCUAUGGGAAUCAUGUCAAGACAAUCUUGACGCUCAAAGCGAUUCUGUUACCGUCCAAUCAACCCUGUGACAUUCCGUUCAUUCCUUCUUAUCGUUCUUCUCACCCACCAGCAAAAAAAAGUUCCAUAGUUUUGUGCUCGGCCCAUGAUGAUCAUCCACGGAAAAUACAUUCGCAUGUUCAUAUCCUGGCUGAGGCACAUUGUCAAGACAAUCACACUUCGGUCGUACAAGAAUCUCCUCUCUGUCAUCCUACGACUGAUUCAACACUGUCAAUCUGUCGUCAAUGGAAAGGAGGGGAAUUUUCGAGAAGCGCCCGGUUUAGCAUUGAGCUCUCAGCCAGCGGCCAACCAAUCCGAGCCGACGCCUCCUGUGAGCCUCGCAGUGCCGUUGCUUGAGGCACCUCUACAGAGUCUACACAGCCAAGGGUCCCAACCUGAAAUGAGCCUUCAGAAUCUUCAGAUCGCAACUCCCGAGCUUCAUGGAGGGUCGAACGACGCAGCUUUGAAUACAAACUCUCCCCCGAACUCUUCUGCACCAUUGAUGUCGAGCUCUUUCCUCGAUCUCAGUAUCACUGAAGUGGACAUCACCACGCCACUGCUUCUUGCGGCGCCAGCCCAGGCCUUUGAUAUCACUUUAACUCCCAUUGUACCGAGGCAGGUCGAUCGAUACGGGAGGAAUGUGCGAAUUAAAGAUGUGUUUAAGGCGUUUAAGGUUAUGAAAGGUCCUUUGGACUGUUCAAAGGAGCUUGCUGCAGUAGAAGGAUGGGAGCCGCUCACGCACCCAGAAGGGGCUUUGUUCUUCUAUCACCCAGAUAAAAGAGUUUUCACUGAUGCCAAUGUUCGAGAUUCUGAAAUUGCUGUCAAAUUAGGCAAAGCCGUUGAGAAGGCGUACGAGGAAGCGCGCAAUGCAGACAUCUCCCUGCAUCCAUCCGUUGAGCUCGCAUUGGAGCUCAUAGUGAAGGAUGGCGGAGAAUCGUGGGGCUAUUACUUUGCCGACCACGAAAGACGUGUCAUUUUCUGGUUCAAAGACCACAAAUCUCAUUCCCUUAUGCGUCACGUUCGAGGUGUAAAGCGCAAGAGCCAGAGCCACAUCAAGUAUGCACUAGAAGCACAGUACUGGCUUCAUAUCACACUAUUCCCAAACAAACGCUUCCUUCCGGAAGAUAUUGUCGUGGAACUCAAAGAACUUCUCAUGCAUGCUCGAGCAGGUGUGUAAAGACCAAUAAGCGUUUCAUGCCAUACGAGAUUGAUUCACGGUAGACCACAUCAUUCAGGACACACACGUAACACAAUUUAUGUCGAUAGUUGAUAUGAUUGCGACCUCGGUAGAUUUGUUUGUCAAUGUUUUGGAUAUCAGAUACUUAGCGUUACUCGCCUCUUAUUUUCUCCC